GCCGGCAAGUUCAGCAUGGUGCAGCCCCAUUAUCCCGGCCUGGUCAUGUACAAUGCUCAACCGCCACCGGCACAUAAGGGCUUCUCUUCCGUCUACCACGACCCAAAGACAGGUCUACCGCGGCCGCCAGUAUAUGCAGCAUACCCCGCCCCCGGCCAGUUUCCUCACCCGCUGUAUUCUCCGGAGUUUACCAGCGCUUCCUGGCACAGAUCUCAUUACCCUAUCACCUCAGGUGCCUUUGCGGGCUCUUUUCCGCCAUCGUUAACAUCUUUAUCUUGUUAUGGGCCUUCAGGGAUCCUACCUCACCUCGGCCACCCAGGCAUUCCACACCCGGCAUCUUUAGGCCCGGGACCCAAGUCAGAACUCAUGUCUCCCCAACUUUUGCAAGAGACUCACAGGCAGCUGAACUCAUUGCACAGAGAUGAAAAUUCCAGCUGCAAGCCCUCCCACCACAGCCCAGGUGCCGGAGAAGACACCAGGAAAAGGCCCUAUGUCAAGAAGCCCUUAAACGCCUUUAUGUUGUUUAUGAAAGAGAUGAGGCCAAAGGUCAUCUCUGAGUGUACAUUGAAAGAGUCUGCAGCUAUUAACCAGAUUCUUGGCCGGAGGUGGCAUGCCUUGGACAGGUCCGAGCAAGCUAAGUACUAUGACAUGGCCAGGAAAGAGAAGGAAGUCCACCUACAGCGCUAUCCUGGCUGGAGUGCCAGGGAUAAUUACGCAGCUCACCAGAAAAAGAAGAAGCGGAAAAAGGAUGGAGAGUGCCCCAAUGACAGAAAAUGCCGAGCUCGAUACGGGGUAGACCAGCAGUCCAGAUGGUGCAAGCCGUGCAGAUCUUUACAUGAACGAUCUGACCAGCCGGUGGUCGAGACUGACCAGAAUCACUUCGUACUAGUCAAGGCGAAAGAAGAAGUGCAUCCGUUAUAA